CAGGCUCAGAGCGGGGAGAACCAGAGCCGUGGUCAUCAGGAUGGAGGUCAGGAGCCAGCGUGGUCCCAACAGAUGGAUGUCCAGACUAAUAAUGUGUGAAGAUGUGUCAACUCAAAGAACCUCCAAACACAAGCAAACCCGCUGAUGACUAAGCAGAAACAGUCGGUCAUACACCUGUUCAACAGAAGAUGGGUUUACAAGGACACAGUCACAGAGCUUUGAUGUUCUGCAUUCUGCCGUGUUAUGAAGUGAGGACGUGCUGAAAGUGUGAGACAGCAGGAUUUGUUGGACUCCCUAAAAUGUGAUGGAUCCCAAUCAAAGGAGAAAUGGAACAAUUCAGAGACAAGAUUUGAGCGUCUCUGACCUCCCCAUGCCUCUUACUCAAGAUCUGUCUGCUAUGCACAUUCACGAUCGCAUUGGAUUCUUCCCUGUUAUUAAUGAAAUCUAUUUCAAUGAGCCCUUGACUGGGACCAUACCCUCAAAUGAAUACCAACCCAACCCCCCCGGCCCUCUGUGGAAUCCUGGAGGAGUAUAUCCGGGGACUUUAGACCAGCAAAGCACAAAUGGACCUCCACCAAUCCACCCCCCUCCACUCAGAACCAGGCUUCCUAGUGCAUGUUACCCCAGCACACAAGGCCAUGCACCCCCUCCUGUUCCCCCCAGGACACAAAUACCCCUCGGCAACUGCAAGAAGCAGCUAUCCUUUGACUUCACUGAGUCCGCUCACAAACUGACUCGUUCCUGUACAGAGAUAGAACAUCAUGACCCGUGGACCAUCCUACUAUGGGACACUCCACAAGGCAGCACCAAGAGGCUGACUGCUUUUUGUGCUGCAACUUCCAAGCUCAUGUCACAGUACAGGCACGCAGACAGCAUUCAUAACACAGGUGUGGUGUGGAGUCGUUUGUUACGGAUCCACCCGGCUCUACUGCAGCAGGUGGAGGUUACUGUCAGUGUGGCCACAGAUUGGGGCGAUCACCAGCUCCCCUUCCCCACCACAGUGAACAGGACAGUGAAGAGUCUGAUUGAUGAAAUCUUCCAGCUGCUGGACAUCACCCGCAACCCAAAUUGGCAUUAUUAUUUAAAACUGUGCAACUCUGAUGAGUAUCUCCAUAAUGAAGAACUGCUGGGUAUGCACGAGACCAUUCAGAUCUACUACAAGUUUAAACUAGUCGUCCCCCUCCGACUGCUCCACCUGAACAACAUCAAACAUCGACUGUGCAGGGAUGCGGAGGACGACAGAACACCGUGCCACCUGUACCAUCUCAUGGGUCCUGUUAGUGUCUUCAACAUCUGCAAGUUGAGCCUGCUGGAUGUGCUCAGUAGCUACAACAGAGAGGUGACAGAGCUAUUGAGAAGUAAGUCCGGGAUGAACGUUAAUGUGCUCGUGUCCCGUGUUCGCACAAUCAGCAAUCUUCUGUGUGGGCUCUCGUGUCAGGAGCUGGAGAACGCCAUUGGCAGGCUCAACAGAAUCAAUCCCGUACCUCUGUGUCAUGAUGAGAUUUCUGAGUGUGAAACAGCUAUGAUCAUGCUCCACAGGGCGCUGCUUAAAGUGCUUCAGAUCUUUUUUGACAACUUCCAGUCAGACUUCAGAGGUCAGGAGUUAACCAGCAACCUGCAAAUAUUUGACAUUGAGGCCAACACUGAAAUCCUCCAAUUCAAUAUUUCUGCUCUCUACCAACUGCAACCCACCUGGACGGCCAAUUAUGAAUGCUUCUCUGUUUCCUGUGAGUUGACGUACAGACAGACGAAGAUCUGUGACACGGGCAUUUCUGAAAAUAUCAGCACUGCCUUGGCAUUGGGAAACAAGAUCCAGUGUAACCGUGUGAUGGUGUUUCCUGUUCUGGUUAAUCAGCUGCCAUAUGAGUGCAUGUUGACAUUUCGCCUCAAGGCCUCCAAGCGAGGCAAGACCCCCGAGCUUUUAGGCUGGGCUGUACUACCUCUUUUCAGCGACCGGACUCUGGUAAAGGGGACCAUUCUGCUCAGCUUGUCCACGAUGGCCGAGCUGCCCGUCCCUCCCUCCCCCGCCCUGUUGGACGGCCACAGACAAGCCACCGGGGUCAUUCUGCAGCUUGAGUUUCAAGAUCAGUUUGAGUGGAAGUAUCAGAGGCCCAUCGCCCUCCCCGGCUCAGUCAUAUUUACCGAGCCCUAUGAGCCAUUGCAGAGGAAAAUGUUGGAAGUCUCAAAGAAGCACUGUCUUUGCUUUCUAACAGAAAACGAGAAAGCUUUCCUCUGGAGUAAGCGUCACAAUAGUGACAAAAGAAGUACUUUCCUCCACCUCCUGCUGGGUGGGGUCCCCGAGUGGCGUCCUGAAGACCUGACAGAAAUCUAUACUGUUGUAGAGAACUGGAUCAUCCAUCUACCUGAGGAGGCCCUCCUCCUGCUCAGUGACAGUUUUCAUGAUCAGACUGUGAGGAGGGCUGCAGUUCAGUACUUUGAACAGAUUCCAGACGGAGAGCUCGAGGUGUUUCUACCACAGUUGGUCCAGGCUCUGAAGAGCGAGUGGGAGUUGCAUGGACCUCUGGUGAUGCUGCUGUUGGAGAGAUCAGUGAAGAACAUACGGAUCGCCCAACAACUCUUCUGGCUGCUGGAGGACGCCCUAACCGACCACCACUACCAGAGUUGGUUCAGUAAGGUCCAGGCUGCCCUGCGGCACUGCUGUGGCCGAGCUCUGAGGCAGGAGCUGGAGCAUGAAACCCGCCUGGUGUCGGUGCUCGUAGAGGUGGCUGAGAAGGUCCGCACCGCUGAAAAGGCUCGACGUAAGAAUGUUUUGAACAAAGAAAAAUGUAAGAUUGAAGACUUCUUCAGAAAUGGGAUCAGCUGUUGUCUGCCACUGGAUCCUGCAGUCCGUGUAGAGGCAUUGGACGUGGAUGCCUGUAAGUUUUACAACUCCAAUGCUGCUCCUCUUGGGAUCUCAUUCAUCUGCUCUGACCCUCUGGCCCAAAACAUCAGUGUCAUCUGCAAGACAGGAGAUAACCUUCGCCAGGACAUGCUGGUGCUUCAGAUAGUCCGUGUGAUGGAUGGAGUUUGGCUACAGGAGGGACUGGACCUGAGAAUGAUCACCUACAGGUGUCUUUCUACGAGCACAGAUCAGGGCCUGGUGGAAGUAGUUCCGGAUGCAGUGACCCUGGGGCAGAUUCAGCAGGAGUGGGGUCUGGGUGGCACCCUUCGAGAAGACACACUGGAGAAAUGGUUCCACAUGUGGAACAAAACUAAGGAUGACUAUGAGAAGGCUGUGAUGAACUUCAUCCACUCGUGUGCAGGGUGGUGCGUGGCCACCUUCAUCCUGGGGAUCUGUGACCGCCACAAUGACAACAUCAUGUUGAAGCACAGCGGACACAUGUUUCAUAUCGACUUUGGCAAGAUCAUGGGCAACGCGCAGAAGUUUGGAAGCUUUAAAAGGGACCGAUCUCCAUUCAUCUUUACAUCUGAGAUGCAGCACUUCAUCACAGGCGGGGGGCAGAAGCCUCAGCGCCUGCAUCGCUUUGUGGAGCUCUGCUGUGAAGCUUACAACAUUAUCAGAAAGCGCUCUGCAUUGAUACUCAGCUUGUUGGAGCUGAUGCUACAUGCAAGAAUGCCAGAACUGAAGGACUCUAAUGACCUGCAGUAUGUCCAGAACAACCUCAGACCUCAUGACACAGACCUGGAGGCCACAUCCUACUUUACAAAGAAGAUCAAGGAAAGCAUGGACUGUGUGACAGUCAAGUUCAACUUCCUGACACACAGCAUGGCUCAAGGGAAGAAAACAAGUCGACGAACCCGGGACAGCAUCCCCGCUCCCAGCACCAACAUCCAAGAGGCUGUCAUCCAGGGAUUCACCGUCAGGGGAAAAAAUGUGAUCUAUGACCUCAGAGUAACCAUUCAUGAUGGUUUUCUGAACAGUGAGAAGACAUUCGGGCAGUUUGAGCUGAUCCAUAAGCAGCUGCAGAAACACUUCAUUGAAACCAAGCUGCCUUCAUUUCCCAAGUGGUUUAAGAUGUCAUCCACUCCAGGAAGGAAGAUGUCUCUGCUAAAUAAAUACCUGAAAGAACUUUUUGAAGGGCCGUGCAAGGGAAAUGAAUUUGUGUGCAGCUUGUUCCUGGACGGCCCCAACAAAGUCAAAGAAAAUGUGGCGGAAGGAGCCUUUCCUCAGAUCCAGCUCAACAUUUCCUACUCUGACUUUAAGCUCUCGGUCUUGGUAAAACACUUAAAGAACGUUAAGCAGGCAAACGGCGCCAACCCGGACGCCUAUGUGGUCACGCGUCUGAGACCGGACCCUAAGCAGCUCUACAAGAAGAAGACGAAGGUGGUCCGCAAUAAUGACAACCCCACCUUCAAUGAGCUGUUGGAGUACAAUUAUGUACCGCUGCUGUAUGGGAUGGUGCUGGAAGUGACGGUGAAGAGCAAGAAGACUUUUGUGGCUGCGACCAAUAUCAGACUGGCGGACGAGUUGCUUUGCCAGGACAAGUGGUUCCCCCUCGGGAACUGUGCAAUCUGACCUCAGAGAGCUGCACUGUACGUCUGCUGCCAGCAGGGGGUGCAACCACGCCGAGGGACAGAAUCGAUCAAACGAUUUCUGCCAAUGAAUGAGACAAAUUCACCUGGGCAGAGGAACUGUGCACUCUCAUUUAUACUUAUUCAUCAGAUGCAACUUAACCUCACUCCAGAGCUGAAUACGCUGGCAUUGGAUGGGUAUUUGGAUGAUGUUACAAGACUAAUUAAAAGACUCAGGAGAGGAGACGGUUUACUGUGUGAAGCAUCAUUAACCUGUGUUUAUUUUUAAAAUGUCAUUCAAAUGAGUUUUGCUAAUUAUUCCGAUUUUUGGAUGUGACCAUGUUGAUGUAUGAAGGAAAGAAAUGACUUUUUUUAUUAUCUUGCUUGCACUUCCUUUUGUACUUUAACUUUAAAAACAGUCCUUGGAAGUGUGUGUGCGGUCGAGACUGCCGAUGUGACAGAUUAAAGAGGAGGUGAUGCAGUGCAGUUCGGGGCCGCCUGUCUGAUACCUGCUCAGACUGAAUGUGUUUGUCCCUUUGGGGGAACCGGAUGUCCUUGACCAGUGGAAUUGGAGGCGGGAGGCAGCGGGGGGAGAGAGAGGAGUGUGUGUGAGCGGGUUGACAACUCGGCCUCUCUGACCUGAAGGGCUGAGUUAACACUCUCCCCAUCACUCCAUCCUUUGUCUUAUCUAUCAGCGGCAUUCAGACACAGUUAUGCACAUGCAUGUGCAAACAGGCAUGCCCACACAAAUACUCUGGGAUAAAAAGAACACACACACACACACAGACUUUCUAGGCUAAGGCAGGUCUUCAUGUUAUCUUAAUGCCAUCUUGCUCCUGACAGGCCUGCUGACCCGUAACUCUCCUCCGCCUCAUUCAUAGGAUUUAGUGAUGAUCGAGGAUAGAAGUAGUCUUCCAGCACUGGAUUCGGUUCAAUAAUGUAUACCUCUGUGAAUGCUAUUUAUAUUAUUCCCUGCUGGGUCUCUCACGAGGAGGAAGGCUUGGAAGAAAAUGCUGGCUGCUACUCUUUCAUAGUAGUGCUCAUGGACUAUUAAUGUAUCUUUGCAUCACUCUACAGUUUCAGAUCUAAUAGAAGAAUUACAUCUAUUGUUUUGGAAUAGAUGAUUAAUCCAGAAACAACACUGUGUCUUGUGGUCCCUCUUAUGUGUGAUCAACUCUGCCACAAUAAUUGCAGUUGCAUCAAUUAUUAAUUCAAUGAUGAGAAUCUAAUAUCCCACUCCUGGGAUUUCUCCACUACUUGAGUGAUGCCAGCAGAGAGUAAUCCUUCGUUAGAUUGUCUUCUGGUCUUUUUUCCUCCGCAGUGGAGAGAAAGCAUG